GGAGGGGCCGCGGGAACGGAUGGCGGCCUGCACCCCGUAGCAGCGGUGGCUCUACGGCCCGGGGCUCCGGGCCAGCGGAGGUGGCGGCUCCCGGGACCGGCCGCGCGCAAUGAUGUUGUCCAGUGGGCAUGUACUGACCAAUGUGGCGGGUCUGAGAACGUAGCUGAAGCUGAAAAUAGGAAAGCUGGGGGCAAGGAAGAGCCUUGAAUCUUGAGGUGGGACGUUGACUCUAAGAUGUCCUUGAGCAGUGGAGCCUCCGGAGGGAAAGGAGUGGAUGCAAACCCGGUUGAGACAUACGACAGUGGGGAUGAAUGGGACAUUGGAGUAGGGAAUCUCAUCAUUGACCUGGACGCCGAUCUGGAAAAGGACCAGCAGAAACUGGAAAUGUCAGGCUCAAAGGAGGUGGGGAUACCGGCUCCCAAUGCUGUGGCCACACUACCAGACAACAUCAAGUUUGUGACCCCAGUGCCGGGUCCUCAAGGGAAGGAAGGCAAAUCAAAAUCCAAAAGGAAUAAGAGUGGCAAAGACACUAGCAAGCCCACCCCAGGGACUUCCCUGUUCACGCCAAAUGACGGGGCAGCCGUCAAGAAAGAGGGGCAGGGCCGCUCUGGGGACGGUGCCAAUGCAGGAAGCCUGGUUGCUGCUGUUGCUCCCAAGGGCUCCGAAAAGGCGGCUAAAACGUCCCGCAGUGUAGCCGGCUCCAAAAAGGAGAAGGAGAACAGCUCGUCUAAGAGCAAGAAGGAGAGAAGCGAAGGAGUGGGGACUUGUGCAGAAAAAGAUCCCGGGGUCCUUCAGCCAGUCCCCUUGGGAGCGCGAGCUGGUCAGUAUGAUGGAAGCGCAGGGGUGGACGCAGGAGCUGGGGAGCCACUUGGGAGUAUAGCUAUUGAGCCGGGGGCAGCGCUCAACCCUUUGGGAGCUAAACCGGAGCCAGAAGAAGGGGAGAAUGAGUGCCGCCCGCUAAAGAAAGUCAAGUCUGAAAAGAUGGAGUCCCCCGUCUCCACACCCGCGGUGCUGCCACUGCACCUUUUGGUACCCGUGGUCAGUAAUGACAUCUCCUCCCCCUGUGAGCAGAUCAUGGUGCGUACCCGAUCAGUCGGGGUCAACACAUGUGAUGUGGCUCUAGCCACCGAGCCUGAGUGCCUGGGCCCCUGUGAACCUGGGACAAGCGUCAACCUCGAGGGCAUCGUGUGGCAGGAAACCGAAGAUGGAAUGUUGGUGGUGAAUGUAACAUGGAGGAACAAGACAUACGUAGGUACCCUUCUUGACUGCACACGGCAUGAUUGGGCACCACCCAGGUUCUGUGACUCCCCCACCAGUGACUUGGAAAUGCGAAACGGUCGGGGGAGAGGCAAACGCGUUCGUCCCAACAGUAACACACCUGUCAGUGAGACAACCACAGCCUCUGACAGCAAAGGGACCAGCAGCAGCAGCAAAACCCGAGCAGGAGCCAAUAGCAAAGGCCGUCGAGGCAGCCAGAAUUCUUCAGAGCAUCGCCCACCUGCCAGUGGCACCUCUGAAGAUGUCAAGGCCAGUCCUUCCUCAGCAAAUAAGAGGAAAAACAAACCCCUUUCAGACAUGGAGCUGAAUUCUAGCUCAGAGGACUCCAAAGGGAGCAAGCGUGUCCGUACGAAUUCCAUGGGCUCAGCCACUGGCCCCCUCCCUGGGACGAAGGUGGAACCCACUAUUCUAGACAGAAAUUGUUCCUCCCCCGUCUUGAUUGACUGUCCCCACCCAAACUGCAACAAAAAGUACAAGCACAUUAAUGGACUUAAGUACCACCAAGCUCAUGCCCAUACAGAUGAUGACAGCAAACCAGAAGCAGAUGGAGACAGUGAGUACGGAGAGGAGCCUGCCCUCCAUGCAGACCUCGGCAGCUGCAAUGGUGCAUCUGUCUCACAAAAAGGUUCCUUAUCCCCUGCCCGCUCAGCUACCCCCAAAGUUCGGCUCGUAGAGCCUCAUAGCCCUUCAAGCAAAUUCAGCACAAAAGGCCUCUGUAAGAAAAAGUUGAGUGGGGAAGGGGACACAGAUCUCGGGGCCUUAUCCAAUGAUGGCUCUGAUGAUGGACCCUCAGUAAUGGAUGAAACAAGCAAUGAUGCCUUUGAUUCUUUGGAAAGAAAGUGUAUGGAAAAAGAAAAAUGUAAAAAACCCUCUAGUUUGAAACCUGAAAAGAUUUCUUCCAAGAGCUUAAAGUCAGCCCGGCCCAUUGCUCCUGCCAUCCCCGCACAGCAAAUCUACACCUUCCAGACAGCCACCUUCACAGCAGCCAGCCCUGGCUCCUCCUCGGGCCUGACCACCACGGUGGUCCAAGCUAUGCCCAACAGCCCCCAGCUCAAGCCCAUUCAGCCCAAGCCCACUGUGAUGGGGGAACCUUUCACAGUCAACCCUUCCUUGACUCCAGCCAAGGACAAGAAAAAGAAAGACAAAAAAAAGAAGGAGUCUUCAAAGGAACUUGAAAGUCCUCUGACUCCUGGGAAGGUGUGUCGAGCAGAAGAAGGCAAAAGCCCAUUCAGGGAAUCAUCCGGAGAUGGGAUGAAAAUGGAGGGGCUCCUAAAUGGCUCAUCAGACCCCCACCAAAGCCGACUGGCUAGCAUCAAGGCCGAAGCUGACAAGAUUUACAGCUUCACGGACAAUGCCCCCAGCCCUUCCAUUGGAGGCAGUAGCCGCCUGGACAGCACUACCCCUACCCAGCCCAUGACUCCCUUACAUGUAGUGACCCAGAAUGGCGCUGAAGCCAGCUCGGUCAAAACCAACAGCCCCGCCUACUCGGACAUCUCCGAUGCUGGGGAGGAUGGGGAGGGCAAAGUGGACAGUGUCAAGUCGAAGGACCCCGAACAGUUGGUUAAGGAAGGUGCUAAGAAAACUCUUUUCCCCCCUCAGCCACAGAGCAAAGACUCACCGUAUUACCAAGGCUUUGAGAGUUACUACUCUCCAAGUUACGCACAGUCCAGCCCAGGGGCUCUGAACCCCAGCAGCCAGGCAGGAGUGGAGAGCCAGGCCCUGAAGACAAAAAAGGAUGAGGAGCCUGAGAGCAUAGAGGGCAAAGUAAAGAACGAUGUCUGUGAGGAAAAGAAGCCAGAGCUAAGCAAUUCCAGUCAGCAGCCCUCCGUCAUCCAGCAGCGUCCCAACAUGUACAUGCAGUCCCUUUACUACAACCAGUACGCCUAUGUACCCCCUUAUGGCUACAGCGACCAGAGUUACCACACCCACCUCCUGAGCACGAACACAGCUUACCGGCAGCAGUAUGAGGAACAGCAGAAACGGCAGAGCCUGGAGCAGCAGCGUGGCCUGGACAAGAAGGCAGAGCUGGGCAUGAAGGAGCGGGAAGCCGCUCUCAAGGAAGAAUGGAAGCAAAAGCCGUCAAUUCCACCCACUCUCACCAAGGCCCCCAGCCUGACAGACCUGGUGAAGUCAGGACCCGGCAAGGCCAAGGAGCCAGGGGCUGACCCUGCCAAAUCAGUCAUCAUUCCCAAGUUAGAUGACUCUUCCAAACUCCCCAGCCAGGCCCCAGAAGCACUUAAAGUGAAGCUGAGUGAGGCCGGCCACCUAGGCAAGGAGGCUUCUGAAGCCAAGACAGGUGCUGAGUGUGGCCGACAGGCAGAGGUGGAUCCAAUUCUUUGGUACCGACAGGAAGCAGAGCCCCGGAUGUGGACAUAUGUUUACCCUGCCAAGUACUCAGACAUCAAGUCAGAAGAUGAGCGGUGGAAAGAGGAACGGGACCGCAAAUUGAAGGAGGAAAGGAGCCGGAGUAAGGACUCGAUCCCCAAGGAGGACGGGAAGGAAAGCACAAGUAGUGACUGCAAGCUGUCCACGUCUGAGGAGUCCCGCCUUGGGAGCAAGGAGCCCCGACCAAGUGUCCACGUGCCUGUGUCGUCCCCCCUCACCCAGCACCAGUCCUACAUCCCCUACAUGCACGGCUACUCCUACAGCCAAUCCUAUGACCCCAACCACCCCAGCUACCGGGGCAUGCCUGCUGUCAUGAUGCAGAACUACCCAGGUUCCUACCUACCCUCCAGCUACUCUUUCUCCCCAUACGGCAGCAAGGUCUCCGGGGGUGAAGAUGCCGACAAGGCCCGAGCCAGCCCCAGUGUCAGCUGUAAGUCCAGCUCAGAGUCCAAAGCCCUGGACAUCUUGCAGCAGCAUGCCAGUCACUACAAGAGCAAGUCUCCCACGAUAAGUGAUAAAACUUCUCAGGAGAGAGAUCGGGGAGGCUGUGGGGUAGUUGGGGGUGGAGGCAGCUGUAGCAGCGUUGGGGGAGCAGGAGGCGGUGACAGGAGUGUAGACCGGCCCCGCACAUCCCCUUCCCAGCGCCUGAUGUCCACACACCACCACCACCACCACUUGGGGUACUCCUUGCUCCCGGCACAGUACAACUUACCCUAUGCAGCAGGGCUUUCUUCUACAGCCAUUGUUGCCAGCCAGCAGGGCUCCACUCCCUCACUCUACCCACCCCCCCGGAGGUGAGACCGAACCCCAAGUGCCCGGAUAACGUCAGCUUCACAGCCCUGACUGGCUCGCCCAAGGAGGUGCUGGAGGUGGCAUUUAGACAUCAGUUCAAUGGUGUUGAUCAUCCUGUUUGCCGUGUUCCCACCAUGACCGAAGGCAGACCCUGGGCGAUCUCGCCUCCGCCAGCCCCCCGGACUCCCCGACCCUCCCUCUUCCUCAGGAGCUGGAGAGCUGGUACUUAGCAAAAAUAUUUAUUCUCUCGGCCACAGUUGUGACUGUCGUGGCCUCUGUGGAGAUGAAGGCAUGGGGAGCAACCAGAGGGCUCAGCCCAGAGAAGUCACUGCUCUGUUCCCCAAGUCCCUGGUCAGCUGCCGGAGGAGUACCGACCCCUCCCCCAUUCCCCGGGGAGGGACCCCCAAGCACUGGGUAAGGUCUGAAGACAGCACAACAGCCAUCCCCUCUCUCACCAUCAUUACCACCAUCACCAGAUCCUGCAUCUCCCCAGUGGUUUGGGCCCUGGGAACUGACAGCACGAGGAGGAAUUAGAAUCUCAGGAAAGAAAUUGGGGGCUGUUUUCUCUGUAAUUGUGAAAACGAGGUCUUCAAACAUGAAGACUUCUCCCCUCUCACAUGAGCACAUAUAAAUGCUCAGAGCCCAGCCUGAAAAGGAAAACCCAGGUAUUUGCCCCACCAUGGCCUUGGGCUCUCCCUGUCAGGCAGAGGGCCAGGGGUCUCCACACCAGCACAGGGCCCCCCAGGGAUACUGGGGGUGAGCUGGAGCAUGAAUGGAGUCUGUGAAUAGAACCUUCAUCCCCACUGAGUCCUGCUGCUUCUUAGCCCCAACCCCUUGCCCUUGUCUCUCUUCCCUCCUCGCCCCUCGGUGCCUUUCCCAGGGGGGUCCCCACGCUGAUCUCUCCUCCUCUUUUCCACUACUUGGCCCUUACAACUCAGGCAGGUAAAAGAGUAUUCCCCAGCAUCGGGAGCUGCAGAGCCUGCAGGUCAGCUGAGGCCCAGGCCCAGGAGACAGGCCCUCAGCACACCCAUCCAUUCUGAGAUGUCCUGUCCAGGCAGCCCGCUGAGUGUCCUCCUCACUUGGGGCCACAAGCAUGUGGUUCUUCGGUACACAAGUACAUGAUGUUCUAUAGCUCAGUCUAGAACCCCGUGUGUGCCAAUACAAGCCGUGUUUCUUUGUAACACAUGUUUUUGUUUAGGGGCCACUGACCAUGGGAGGUUAUGUGUUCCUUAGAGACCCUGUGAUGACACAUCCACGCCAUUACUGCUCGGAGCCAGAGGGUACCCAGUGGAGCUGGGCUCUGAGGCGGCAGACGUUUCUCUGCUCUCCUUAGCAAUGCAGUCUCCCAGGCCAGGCUCUGUGCUCUUUGUACUGGGAAAGGGCCGAGAAUUUGGAGGUUUAUUGGAGUCACUUCUUCCCCACGAUGUGGGGAGCGUUAGCUCUUACUUUGCUUUUGAGUUACCAUCCCUUUGUUCUCUUCCUCUCCUAUCUUUCCUUGACCUUCUAGAUUGAGAGAGACUGACAGACACCAGCCGAGGCUAGAGAGGGAUGUUUGUGACCAGAGUGCCAAAGGUGACCGUUUAAGAAAGAGCAGAAGGACUUGGCUCUGACGUGUGGGGCGUGGAGCUGGAGGGCAGUAAGCACAAUGUCCGCAGAGGCCGCGUUCCAGGCCCCCGGAGCCCUGCUGUAGAGAGGCUCAGGGUGAUUUGCCCAAGAGGAGCCCCUCUGCCCUGUAGACCUUUCCUUUAGGCUUCACGUUCUUGUUUUUGUUCAAGUUGGGUUUUGAGCCCAUGCAAAAAACUCAGUUUUACACCUCUUAGCAGGCCCCAAGCAGCCUCCCUCCCCCAUCCUUCCCGCUGCCUCCUGCUGCCCCAGCAGGCGGUGCUCUGAGCAGUGA